CUCCUCCUCCUCGAGGCCGUCGGCUGCUCGUCUCCUCCCGCUUCACUUCUACUGGAUUUACGGCGAAAUUCAACGUGACCAUCUGGUUUUACACUUUUCUUUUUUUUUGGGUGUGUUUGCUGCAAGAUAAUUCUCACUUUUUAUUCACUCUUUCCCCUCCAGCGUGAUUUCCUCCCGCGGUUUUCUGUUUAGUGGAAUUUUUUUUUCUGUUGCGCGUUUAUCUAAAUUCAGGAAACUUUUAGUUGUGGUUCAGUUUCAGGUUUUUUGGGACUUGGGGGGUGUGUGUGAGAACACAACUACCACCAUGAACAAGCUGUACAUCGGGAAUCUAAGCGACAGCGUGACCGCGGACGACUUGGGGAAAACAUUCGAGGAGCACAAGAUCCCGUUCACCGGGCAGUUCCUCGUGAAGACCGGCUAUGCCUUCGUGGACUGUCCGGACGACCAGUGGGCCAUGAAGGCCAUCGAGACGUUCUCCGGUAAAGUGGAACUUAAAGGGAAACGUAUCGAGGUGGAGCACUCCGUCCCCAAGAAGCAAAGGACCAGGAAGCUGCAGAUCAGAAACAUUCCACCUCACCUGCAGUGGGAGGUCCUGGACGGUCUGCUGGCCCAGUGUGGGACCGUAGAUAACUGUGAACAAGUGAACACAGAGAGUGAGACGGCCGUGGUCAACGUCACGUACGCGUCCAGGGAGCACGCCAGGCAAGCCAUCCAGAAGCUGAACGGGUACCAGUUCGAGAACAACGCUCUGCGCGUCUCCUACAUCCCCGACGAGGCCUCUGAGCAGGAGGGCAGCCAGCGGGGGCCCGACCACGGUCGCCGUGGCUACGGGCCCCGGGGGGGGCCCCGCGGGGGCUCCCCGGGCUCCGGGAUGCCCAAGUCGCACGCCGACAUCCCCCUGAGGCUGCUGGUGCCCACGCAGUACGUCGGCGCCAUCAUCGGCAAGGAGGGCGCCACCAUCCGCAACAUCACCAAGCAGACGCAGAGCAAGAUCGACGUGCACCGCAAGGAGAACGCCGGCGCGGCCGAGAAGCCGAUCAGCAUCCACUCCACGCCGGAGGGCUGCUCGUCCGCCUGCCGCAUGAUCCUGGACAUCAUGCAGCAGGAGGCCAAAGACACCAAGACGGCCGACGAGGUUCCUCUGAAGAUUCUGGCUCACAACAACUUCGUCGGACGCCUGAUCGGGAAGGAGGGACGCAACCUGAAGAAGGUGGAACAGGACACGGACACCAAGAUCACCAUCUCGCCCCUGCAGGACCUGACGCUCUACAACCCUGAGAGGACCAUCACAGUGAAAGGCUCUCUGGAGGCCUGCUCCAAGGCAGAGGUGGAGGUCAUGAAGAAGGUCAGGGAGGCCUACGAGAACGACAUCGCCGCCAUGAAUCAACAAACCCACCUGAUCCCCGGGCUCAACCUGGGCGCUCUGGGCCUUUUCCCUUCCUCCUCCAACAUGCCUCCUCCCCCGCCUGGGAACUCGUCCGGCAGCGCCCCCUACGGGUGCUUCGGGGCUCCAGAGCAGGAGACAGUCCACGUCUACAUCCCGGCCCAGGCGGUGGGCGCCAUCAUCGGGAAGAAGGGUCAACACAUCAAACAGCUGAGCCGCUUCGCCGGAGCCUCCAUCAAGAUCGCCCCGGCUGAAGCUCCAGACUCCAAGAUGAGGAUGGUCGUGGUGACGGGACCCCCGGAGGCUCAGUUCAAGGCUCAGGGCCGAAUCUACGGCAAGCUGAAGGAGGAGAACUUCUUUGGGCCGAAGGAGGAGGUCAAACUGGAGACUCACAUCAAGAUGGCCGCCGCCGCCGCAGGAAGGGUCAUCGGCAAGGGGGGCAAGACGGUGAACGAGCUGCAGAACCUGACGGCGGCGGAGGUGGUGGUGCCGCGGGAGCAGACGCCCGAUGAGAACGACCAGGUCAUCGUCAAGAUCAACGGACACUUCUACGCCAGCCAGUUGGCUCAGAGGAAGAUCCGGGACAUCCUGACCCAGGUCAAGCAGCCCCAGAAGGGCGGCUCGGGCCCCGGCCACCCCCAGGGCUUCACCGAGAUGGGCAGCCCCACGCAGGGGCUGGCUCAGGACCACCAGCCGCGCAGGAAGUGAGGGUCCCCCCCACGCCGCGGGGCCCCCACCACCUGACGGAGACACGGACUGACGGAGACACUGACUGACGGAGACACGGACUGACGGAGACACUGACUGAUGGAGACACGGACUGAC